GCGGCGGCUCCGAGCGGCGGCCGGGCGGGGGGCGCUGGAGGCCAGGCCGGCCAGAGGGGAUCCCGAGAGCCCCAUGAAGUGCCCCCGUGGCCGCGGACGGGGCGCUGUCCUGGGGAGGCUGUCGGGGGGUCCCCGACAUCCAUGGCUAGGCGGGGGCCGCGGCGGCGCGCUCGGAGGCCGGCGGCGGCGGCUGCCCCGAGGGACGGGGCCCUAGGCGGUGGCGAUGGGGGCCGUCCGGAUCGCGCCCGGCCUGGCGCUCCUGCUCUGCUGCCCGGUGCUCAGCUCCGCGUACGCGCUGGUGGAUGCAGAUGACGUCAUGACCAAAGAGGAGCAGAUCUUCCUGCUGCACCGCGCCCAGGCCCAAUGCCAGAAGCGGCUCAAAGAAGUCCUGCAGAGGCCAGCUGACAUAAUGGAAUCAGACAAAGGAUGGGCAUCUGCGUCCACAUCAGGGAAGCCUAAGAAAGAGAAGGCAUCUGGGAAGCUCUACCCGGAGUCUGAGGAGGACAAGGAGGCACCCACUGGCAGCAGGCACCGAGGGCGCCCCUGCCUGCCCGAGUGGGACCACAUCCUUUGCUGGCCGCUGGGGGCACCAGGUGAGGUGGUGGCCGUGCCCUGUCCCGACUACAUUUAUGACUUCAAUCACAAAGGCCAUGCCUACCGACGCUGUGACCACAAUGGCAGCUGGGAACUGGUGCCUGGGCACAACCGGACAUGGGCCAACUACAGCGAGUGUGUCAAGUUCCUGACCAAUGAGACUCGUGAGCGGGAGGUGUUCGACCGCCUGGGCAUGAUCUACACCGUGGGCUACUCCGUGUCGCUGGCCUCCCUCACCGUGGCCGUGCUCAUCCUGGCCUACUUCAGCCCAGCGGGCUGCAGGGUAGCUGUGACCUUCUUCCUUUACUUCCUGGCCACCAACUACUACUGGAUUCUGGUGGAGGGGCUGUACCUGCAUAGCCUCAUCUUCAUGGCCUUCUUCUCAGAAAAGAAGUACCUGUGGGGCUUCACGGUCUUCGGCUGGGGUCUGCCCGCCAUCUUCGUGGCUGUGUGGGUCAGCGUGAGAGCCACCCUAGCCAACACCGGGUGCUGGGACUUGAGCUCCGGGAACAAGAAGUGGAUCAUCCAGGUGCCCAUCCUGGCCUCUAUUGUGCUCAAUUUCAUCCUUUUCAUCAACAUCGUCCGGGUGCUCGCCACCAAGCUGCGGGAGACCAAUGCCGGCCGGUGUGACACGCGGCAGCAGUACCGGAAGCUGCUCAAAUCCACACUGGUGCUCAUGCCGCUCUUCGGCGUCCACUACAUUGUCUUCAUGGCCACGCCGUACACCGAGGUCUCAGGGACGCUCUGGCAAGUCCAGAUGCACUACGAGAUGCUCUUCAACUCCUUCCAGGGAUUUUUUGUCGCCAUCAUAUACUGUUUCUGCAAUGGCGAGGUACAGGCCGAGAUCAAGAAAUCCUGGAGCCGCUGGACACUGGCACUGGACUUCAAGCGUAAGGCCCGCAGCGGGAGCAGCAGUUACAGCUACGGCCCGAUGGUGUCUCACACAAGUGUGACCAACGUAGGCCCCCGCACGGGACUCGGCCUGCCCCUCAGCCCCCGCCUGCUGCCCGCUGCCGCCCCCGCCGCCGCCACCACCAACGGCCACCCCCCGCUCCCCGGCCACACCAAGCCGGGGGCCCCGACCCUCCAGGCCACACCACCUGCCGCGGCUGCUCCCAAGGACGAUGGGUUCCUCAAUGGCUCCUGCUCUGGGCUGGAGGAGGAGGCCUCGGCGCCGGAGCGGCCGCCCACCCUGCUGCAGGAGGAGUGGGAGACAGUCAUGUGACCGGGGACCCGAGCCAGCGUUGGACCCGUGGGCAUAAGGGCUGACAGACGGACCAAGAGACGGGAGUUGGGACGGUUGCCCACUCAGGGCUGGGGCUGGGAAGACAAAACAGGAAAAAAAGAAA